AUGGCCAUAGGAUUGCUUCGGGGAGAACAACACUCUUCCAGACAUGACCUCGAGGCCCUUUUUUGGGUCCUAUUCUGGAUUUGUAUUCACUACAAGGGUCCAAACGAAAGCGCUAGGGUUGUCGAAAGAUUCGAUAUAUGGAAUUACGCGGACCCCGUGGAGCUCUCUGACCUCAAAACUGGCUUGAUUCACAUUGAAGGGAAUUUCAUCAAGCGGACGACGAAGUACUUUACCGAAUUCUAUCAGCCGCUUGUACCAUGGGUCAACAGGUUGCGACGACAGGUUUUUCCUAUGGAUAAGCCAUUGAAGAAGGACGACCCUGAGUUACAUUCCAACAUGAAGCAAAUCCUUCCGGAAGCACAGGAGGCUCCGGAGGUUUUCGAUGUCUGA